AUGUCGAAUGGUGAAAUAGAUACUACAGCAUUAAUUAUUUCAAUAUGCGUCAUUAUUCCUGCAGUCAUUGCUACUAGUAUUUGUGCAAUUGCCUAUUGUGCCCAUCGAAAAAGAGAUCGAAAAUUACAACAUCAAAGAAAUAGUUCUUCAUCAUAUGAAUAUGAACAUCGAUCUGAACGACAACUACAUGAUGCUUAUGUAAUCGAUGUUACACGUGCAAAUCGUUACGAACAACAACAACGUCGUUCCCGUGAACCACCACCUGUACUCGAACAAUCACCACCAUCUUAUGACAGUUCAAUUGGUCAAACGCGAAGACAACAAAUUCCAUUCCAAUUACCUGUUCGUACAACAACAAAUACUCAUCAACCUUUGUCUACUAUAACUCCAUCUGUCUAUUCAGCAAUGCCUCCAUCUUACGCUGAGAUAUUUUUAAAACCUCAGACAACACCAAAUGAAUGA